CGCCGCCACCGCCCGAGCGCUCGCCCGACAUGAAGACCCCCGGCGAGGUGCUGCGCGAGGGCGAGCUGGAGAAGCGCAGCGACAGCCUGUUCCAGCUGUGGAAGAAGAAGCGCGGCGUGCUCACCCCCGACCGCCUGCGCCUCUUCCCCGCCGGGCCCGGCGCGCGCCCCAAGGAGCUGCGCUUCCACUCCAUCCUCAAGGUGGACUGCGUGGAGCGCACGGGCAAGUACGUCUACUUCACCAUCGUCACCACCGACCGCAAGGAGAUCGACUUCCGCUGCGCCGGCGAGAGCUGCUGGAACGCGGCCAUCACUCUGGCGCUUAUCGACUUCCAGAACCGCCGCGCCCUGGAGGACUUCCGCAGCCGCCAGGAGCGCGCCGCGCCCGCCGCGCAGCCCGAGCCCGGCUCGGCCCGUGCGCCCUGAGCCCGCGCCGCGAGCCACACCGGACCCGUCUGGCCGAACCGGCCGCAUGGCCGUGUUGGGCAGGAGCCCAAGGGGUGCCCGGGACGGCGGGAGCUCGGGCGGGCGGUACACCCGCUGACCACGCGAGGACAAGGCGCCGCUUUCCUGCCCCAUAGAGGAGGACGUUCCCGUGCGUGCGGAACCUCGCCCCGCUGCGCGGGCGCAUUAACUUAUUGGACUAUCUAUUUAUUUUGAUGUUAUUUGUUGUCAAACGUUCUGUCUUUAAUAUUUUGUUUUUGCAACCAAGUGCCCAUUCCAAAUAAAUGACAUGACUUAUUCUUUUUCUACCA